UCAAGUGUUAAUGUCACAUGCACAAGUACAGAGAGUGUGUGUGUGUGUGUGUGUAUGUGGGUCAAACUCUGUGAAAGGCUUUGAUUGUCCUGAACAGGUCCUCCCAUUGACAAAAUACCAACCCAUCCCCCUCUUGCGUUGGCACUGUCAAAGCCAUACAGUACAGAGUUCACAUGUUAUUUACUGUGAUUCACCUCUUUCUCCAAGCUCAUAUACCAGCCUCUCCUACAGCACUCUGCUUCUCUCCCUCUAUCUCUCCAGAGACUCCUUCCUGUGGGCUUUGAAUAGGCAGACUGUCAAUGGCUUAGCAGUAGAAGACUGAUUGAGGCGUCAUGCAGAGGCUUUCUGAUGUGAGCUGACAGGAGACAGAGCCAUCCAGAGAGUUUAGACCCAGCCAGCCACCACUGUCAGACGGACAUAGCAGGAGUCCUGGGGAGAGACUGAGAGCCCGGCGGCUAGCUGGAUGCUAAAUCAAUAGCAUCGCAAACGUCAACAGAGGGGGGCUGAUGUCUAUGUUCUCUCCUUUCUUUGGAGGGACUAGGACAAAGGUAGAGUUGAUUGGCAGGACUAGAAAGGCUUGAUUCGAAUUGUGGGAGACCUCAAUCACGUGACUGGUAACAGUCACUCAUCAGUAGUCUUUCAAAGGACAAUUUUUGGAAAGGUAAACACUUCAGGAAAAAAAUAAAUAAAUAAAAGACACUUUCUACUGUGAGUUUCUGGACUAUGGCGAGGAAAAUACUGACUGAGACAAACCCAUCGAAUCAUAACUGACAGGAGGGCAACUUCAGAGUGGUUAUGGUCAGAAGAAUUAACUUUGAGAACCAAUGUAAUGUCAAAUCGGCUGAAUGUUCCUGUUGAUGGCACACCUUAGUGUUAUCGACUCUCCGUUUCAACAAUAAUUCCCACACGCUUUGUUAUCAGUGGCUAGUUGAUCAGUCAUAAGCAGAAGCUUAGUUUUUACAGCUGGUAGAUAUCGACUCAUGGGAGUGUCAUCUUGCUGCUAGGAUUUUGCUGCUAGGAUUUCUUCUCAUCAGUCAUCACUGCUUCACUGUAUCAACUCUAGGCUCAGUGUAAGGACUAAGGAGUAGCCCCUUUAAGGCUGGUCUGCCUGUCCGCUCCAUGGCGGAUAAUGGAUCUGUGUGGAGGAAUGACAGUGGUUCUGGUGACGAGGAGACUGGGGUCGGCAGUGUGGAGCUGGUCCUGGUUCUAGUGAUGGAUGUCCUGAUCCUGGUGCUGGGUGUGACGGGGCACUCUCUGGUGAUGGUCAUCCUGUGUGGUCGUCGUAGAAGAAGGGCAGGUCCGGGGGGUCAACACAACCAGGGGAACAUGACAGGGACAGACACCCUCCUGCUGGCCCUGAGUGCGGCCGACCUUCUCCUCCUCUCCAUGCUGCCCUUCCACACCGUCGCCAUAGCGAUGCAGCACUGGCCCUUCGGGGACUUCCUGUGUCGGCUGGUGAGCUUCCUGGGCGCCGCCUGCUCCUCGGCUAGUGCCUUCACACUGGCCGCCUUGGCCGUGACGCGGUAUCUAACCGUGGUGGAGCCAACCCAGGCCUACCGUCUUCUUACUCCUUGCCGAGUGGCGCUGACCUCCGCUGCUCUCUGGCUUCCCGCUUGUGCCCUGGCUGCCCCACAGCUGGCCUUCCGCUCCGUGGGUGCCCGGCGCAUCGCCCCCGACAGCCUGGCCUGCUUCAACUUCCUGUCGCACAACGGCCAGCUGGCCUACGGAGCCUGCCAAUUCCUGCUGUCCUUCGCCCUACCACUGGGCGUCAUCGCUGUGGCCUACGGCGGGAUCUACUUGUUCCUGUGGCGGAGUCGUAGGGACAGCCGAGCGCCCCAGGUGGAGCGAUACCAACGGAAGGUGACCCAGACAUCGGCCCUGCUGGUGCUGGCCUUUACCCUGUGCUGGUUGCCCUCCUACGGCCUGACCUUUGCCCUCCUGGGGGGAGGCAGCCAUGGGGCCACGGGGUCAUCACCCCGCUUCGGGCCCUUCAGCGUGUUCGCCCGCAUCAUGGCCACCUCCUCUACCGUAGCUAACCCCAUCCUCUACGUCCUCAUGUCCCAGAAGUUCAGACAGGACCUGCUGGAGCUGGGUUGCAGAGGUGCCAGGGGUGGGGGUCAGUAACCGUGACAACAGACAACUAUACAAGACUAGAGGACAUGUAACUAGAUCUCUAAGGUUAUGCUGUGUGUCCAUGACAAACUGGAUGUGGGCUGAACAUCUGUUGUCUGAGAGCUUGUGGGAAGAACUAAACUACAAAACCAUUUCUACCCAAAUCUCACUGCUACUCCAGUACACAACUAUCACACUAAGCUGUGGUAUAAAGCUCGAGCUCCAAGGUUCAAUUGAGGGACAGCACUUGAAGUAAAGAGCCUCCCCACUGUGAGACAACAGUCUAAAAGGAGGAUCUGAACACUGAGAAUCAAAGGCCUCUGUCUAGAGGGCCUCCUGGGACAUGGCAAAGAACAUAGACAUCCAGGAGAAAUACAUUUAUGCUUGUAAAAAAAACAAGAGAAAGCUUUUUAAAGGAUGUGAGCUCUUUUACACAUUAAUACCAUUCUGUAGCGAUUGUUCUUUCUUGUUCUUCUAUGUUCUUCUGAGAUAAAGAGAAUGAAGGUCUA